AUGAGCUUAUCAGUCCCAUUACCAGCGUUCGACAGUGCCAUUUUUAGGGCGCUGGUUCCCGUUCUGAUCCAAUGUUUUGGCCUGAUUCUUCUCGGCUUUCUAGCAGGCGAGCUUAAGCUACUCACAAAUACACAGGCAAAAGGUCUUGGCAUUUACGUUACGUCAUUCGCCCUGCCGGCGGUCUUCUUCACCGUCAUGGUGUCAAUGGACUUCUCCGGUGUCGAUUGGUACUUCGUCAUGGCCGUGUCUUUGGGCAAAGUAAUCAUCUUCUUACUCACCAUGAUUAUUGUGCUUGUUGUUUCACGCGGAAAAUCCAUCGGUCUGGCUGGUCUGCUGGCCAUUUUUACCUCCCAAUCCAACGACGUUGCCCUCGCUUACCCAGUGCUUCGUCUUCUCUAUCCUGACCUGGCUGCGUACAUCUACCUCUUUGCCCCGGCUCAGUUGGUCAUUCUCAAUCCCUUGGGAUACUUCGCUCUAGAGUGGCAUAAGGCCAAAGAAAGGGCCGUUGUGGAUUCUGUCAUAGCUUCGCAUUUUCCAGCUUCAUCUCAGUCGACAUUCACGUUAGCUUGCAAACGAAUACUGAAUGUGGUGCGGCAAGUGGCGUUGAAUCCCCUCCUUUUCAUGACUCUCAUCGGCGUGAUUUUUAACUUCAUUUUCAAACACAAACUACCCGACAUGGCGGAGGGUUUUUUCAAGGAUUUGGGGGCAUCCUUUAGUGCGACCGCUCUCUUCUACCUCGGUUUCAGUAUGGUCAGAAGAAUUAAGCGCAUCGAUCGGCGCGGAAUCUACAUCCUCAUUUCCAUCCUUGUUGGGAAAGUUAUUAUUUCGCCCUUCAUAACUCGUGAGAUGAUGGUCCUUCUGCUGUCCCACCAGCCCAAGGAAUCUUCUGUGCCUAAGUCCAGUUUCGCCUUCCUUUAUGCUGCUGCCCCCACUGCACCACCUGUCUUUCUCUUCGCCUCGAAUUCCGGCAUUCUGCCUGAAGUGAUUGGCGCUGGGCUUGUGAUAGGAACGUUUCUCUACGCCCCCAUCAUGUUCAUCUUUGCUGGAAUGGCUACCCUGGUGCAUGUGGAUCUGCGGUACUACGAUGGGACGUUGGAACAAGCUGCAGUCUACCUGUCUUGGGCCAGUCUCCUGUGUUGUGUAUGGACUCUGGCAAUACUUGCGGUGACAAAAAAGGCCAAUCGAAUGCCCUACCGCUUUCUUGUCUGUGUCAUUGUCUCAGUCAUGGUCUUCUGCAGCAGCCUGGUGGUUGGUUCACUCUGGGAGCCCAUAACCUGGGAUAGGGAAGUCGAUACCACUUGGAGUCAGUACAUAAAAUUCAUCGUCUUCUUUUUCGCCUGCACGGGAUCACGCGUCUGGACGGCUUUCCUUUGCAUUGCGCUCCUCCUUCAAAUUCGACGUAGGCGACCACUGUCAAUAGGAGCCCAGAUUGUCUUCUACGCGCUGGGAUUUGUAAUUCCGGUAGUUUCGACGCUGAUUCUGACGCUCACUGCGCAACCUCUCACUUCUCGUGACAUAAACCCAGCUUUUCAUUACGGCACGACACAACAAAUUUGCUCCAUGGUGCUUCUUGUUAUCUGCUUGUCGACCUCGUUACUGGCAUUUUUAUGCAUUUUCCGCUCCAAAUCAGUCGUUUCACGUCGCAGCUUAACUAGCAAGAGAUCACGGUCUCAUUCCAACUUCGCGGGUGCAGUGGAUGCGACUGAAACCACCAGAGAAGUGGAAUACGCGCCCCUCCUUCCCCCGGAAACUGGAGAUGAACCUGAACUAUCACAUUUAAAUGAGCCAGUGUCACCUGACGAAGAAAAAUCCAAUUCGUCGGACUUGCUUCAUUCAUCACCUCACGAUGGUGCCUUGCAUCAGCACGAAAACGAGGUCGCUGAUUUGCAAGAAAAACAGAUCACCACAUCUCCCGUGGAGAGAACUGAAUAUCGGAAUUCCUCUGUUGCAUCGUCAAAUAAAUCAGACAGUGAAGAGGCCUUCCAGGAGGAUGAUCUUCCGCCUCCACUUUCGAAUCAGUCAGAGGUGCCCAAUUUGCAUCGCUUCUUCAUCCUCAUCAUCCUACUCAUGAUUAGCAUGUUCUUUGGAAUAUGCAUUUGUCUCUGGCGCUUGGUUCGAGAAAUGGAGGCUGGUGUUUUUGUGGUAGUGGAAUUCAUUGACCAGAUCUUCAAUUUUGGCCAAGGAAUUCUCAUUUUUGCCGUCUUUGGUAUCGACACUGAACUCAUAAUCAAUCCCCUUGCUAACUGCAUUUCGACAAUGCGCUACUGGAUGAAGGGUAAUCUCUCCUCACGAUCUUUGCGACUGGCGAGACAAGUGAAGGAGGAGGAUGUGGAACAAUUCGUGGCUACUCACCUCUCUGAGUGCAUGAAACAAAUUUGCACUUCUCUCCCUUUGCCCGAUAAGACGCUGGAAUCGGUCUUCUACUUCGAGGACUUCCACCGCUGGACCAGUCGAAAAUUCGCCACCGAGGGGCGCUACCAAUCACGCGAGGCCACGUCAUCCCUUUUGAUGGCUUUGACUACGAUGCAUUUGAUUCGUCGUCUAAGUAGUAGAAGUGCGGGAAUAGGAAGGCAAGCAGUACCUGAAUCAUCUACUUCCGAUUUGAUUCACUAUUGUGGUCUCGAAGACUCGCCUAUUCUCUUUCAGUACUUAUAA